AUGCCCGAAGUCACGCCCGCCGCUGUCUCUUCAGAUGACCCGCAGACGUACGAAGACACGCAUGUGCACGCGGUCUACGACGAGAUCGCGCCGCAUUUUUCGUUCACACGGUACAAACCAUGGCCAAUCAUCGCGGCGUUCAUGUCCUCAUUGCCCACAGGCUGGGUCGGCGUCGAUCUGGGCACGGGUAACGGAAAAUACCUGCCAUUGCCUUCCGAUCGCCCGAAUGGCGUGUGGACCGUCGGCUUUGACAGAAGUCUGAACCUGCUCAAAAUCGCGAAGCGGGCAGGGGAUGGAGAACGAGAGGUCGUGUGGGGAGACGUCCUGGACCAUCCGUGGCGAACCGGUGCAUUCGACUAUGCAAUAUCCAUCGCUACAAUUCAUCAUUUAGCGACUCCUUAUCGACGCAAGGUCGCAGUACAGAGAUUACUGCAAAGUAUAUCUCCGGCUCACGGUCGCGCGUUGAUCUAUGUAUGGGCUAUUGAGCAAGACCAAUUGUCUAAACGAGCAAUCCCGACCGACUCAACCGAGCGUGGUCAGACGUUCGCACCGAAAGGCCAAGACGUCUAUGUCCCAUGGGUCCUCAAUCCAUCUACUGCGACCAAACCCAAGACAAAACAGAAAAAGAGGAGUCUGAAAGACGACGCUUUCGAAGACGGGCAGCUAAAUUUCGCUGCGUUUGACGACCCUCCCAAGGUUUUCAACAGAUACUACCAUAUGUUUUCUCAGGGCGAGCUUCGAGACCUCGUCGUCGACGCAGCGCAAGAAAUGCAGUUGGUCAUUGGAGAAGCUCCCGACGCGCCGUCAGGAAGCAAGGCCGGGCCGCAGAGAGGCGUGCAUAUCGUUGCUGAUGGCUGGGAACGAUCCAACUAUUAUGUUGAGUUGCGCAGGUGGCAGCAAUGA